GUAGAAGAUGUCGUGCUCUCGUCUAUUCCCGAGCUAGCUACUCGUUUGAAGCUCUCCGCGAAAGAUGCGAAGAUAUUGCUCGAAGAGGCCUCCAAGACAAUUUGUUCUCUAGAUGGAUUGUGCCGGACAAUGCUGGAUGUGGAUUCACUCCGGCUCCCUUUGUUGUCCACACAUGAUGCUGUGCUGGACGACUUGCUGCACGGAGGCUUUCAUCCUGGGUUAACGGAAAUAUACGGCAAGAGCGGCUCAGGCAAAUCGCAGCUGGCUUUACAACUUAGUGCCGUGGCGGCUGCACCAGUAGAACAUGGAGGUCUUGGAACUGGAUGUCUGUACAUCGCGACCGAGCAGCCGUUUCCCAUCGGGCGUUUCCACGAGAUCAUUGCCUCGCGCUUUCCCGACUUGGACUCCUCGAUAGUGCUUGAUCGCACGCAUAUUAUACAUAUCCGCGAUCACGAAACCCAACAUCACAUUCUCUGCCACCUCCUCGAGCCCUCUGUCAAACGACUGGGCGUACGACUUGUCGUUAUUGACUCUAUCGCGGCAAACAUUCGCGGCGACGAGGCCACGGCGGAAUGGACGGCGAUUGAGCGCAGCCGGACGCUCUAUGAGAUGGGCGCCGCGCUAAAGAAGGUAGCGCACGAGCAUCAGUGCGUCAUUCUCUGCCUCAACCAAGUUGUCGAUGUGUUUGAUAAUGUGCGCCAGGGAGCAAAGUUGGGCGGGGGAAAAGGGGCGGACUCCUUUCUCACCGUCUCGGGCGCUGUGGGCGCAGGCAACGCCAGUGAUGUUCGCCCAAGCCUGGGGCUCGCAUGGUCAAACAUGGUCAAUGCCCGUGUCAAAUUGUCGCGGAUAAACAGGUUCCCGGCCCAUGCUGAGGAAUGUAAUGCGGUGCUGGAUGCAGACACUACCCGCGCAUGCGUGACCCGUACCUUUGAGAUCUGCUUUGCGCCAAACCUGCCGUCGAGAAAGUGCAUAUAUGAGGUUUCGGAGCGAGGAAUCGUUGGUCUAUAG